CACGUACAACUAUCCACGCAACAUCCAAAUCUAUGGCUUCUAUUCAACAAACAUCUUAAAGAAUUGCAUAUUUAAUUGCUUUUACCCCACUGUUUUAGAAAGAAAGAAAAUCUCCAUAUUCCCCAAAAUUUAACAACAAGAAUUGAUCAGCAAUACAACUAACACCAAAUGUCAAAAUUAGUUAUGGCCAAUUCUCUCCUCUCUUCCAACUUCUUUGGUUCUCAAAUCUUUGUCUCUCCUCCCACCCCUAAAACCACAAAGUAUUUCCAUUUUCACUCCAAAAGAAAGUCUUUAAUCCCUCAAUCAAUUCUCAACAAAAAACCCAAUUCAGAUAAUUUAAACAAAAUUCCUUCAAAAGCUGCUUUAGCUGCUUUACUCUUUUCUUCAAUCACUCCACAUGCCUUUGCUCUUGAUAAUACUACCCCUACAGUACCAACCCCUCAAGUGAUUCAAGCUGAAGCAGCCAAUCCCACCACUUCAAAUCCAUUCUCUCAAAAUAUAAUCUUGAAUGCUCCAAAGCCUCAAGCACAGACCAAUCCUGAACUUCCAGAAGUUUCUCAAUGGAGAUACAGUGAGUUCUUGAAUGCUGUAAAGAAGGGUAAAGUUGAAAGAGUCAGAUUCAGUAAAGACGGAACUACCCUUCAGCUUACUGCUGUUGAUGGCCGUAGAGCUAGUGUAAUUGUGCCUAAUGACCCGGAUUUAAUUGACAUUUUGGCUAUGAAUGGUGUUGAUAUAUCAGUUUCUGAAGGUGAUUCUGCUGGUAAUGGGUUGUUUAAUUUAAUUGGAAGUUUAUUCCCUUUUAUUGCUUUUGCUGGAUUGUUCUAUCUUUUCCAGAGAUCUCAAGGUGGGCCUGGUGGGCCCGGUGGGCUUGGUGGGCCCAUGGAUUUUGGUAGGUCAAAGUCCAAGUUUCAAGAAGUUCCUGAAACUGGAGUGUCUUUUGCUGAUGUUGCUGGUGCUGAUCAAGCUAAAUUGGAGUUACAAGAAGUGGUUGAUUUUUUAAAGAAUCCUGAUAAGUAUACUGCUUUAGGUGCUAAGAUACCAAAAGGGUGUCUUUUGGUGGGACCACCUGGUACAGGAAAGACACUUUUGGCUAGAGCAGUAGCUGGUGAAGCUGGUGUACCAUUUUUCUCAUGUGCAGCAUCAGAGUUUGUUGAGUUGUUUGUUGGUGUUGGAGCUUCUAGAGUGAGGGAUUUGUUCGAGAAGGCGAAGUCUAAAGCGCCUUGCAUUGUGUUUAUUGAUGAGAUUGAUGCUGUGGGAAGGCAGAGAGGUGCAGGAAUGGGAGGUGGGAAUGAUGAGAGAGAGCAAACUAUUAAUCAGCUUUUGACUGAAAUGGAUGGGUUUUCUGGAAAUAGUGGAGUCAUUGUUUUAGCUGCAACUAAUAGGCCUGAUGUUCUUGAUUCAGCAUUGUUGAGACCUGGGAGGUUCGAUCGACAAGUGACUGUCGACAGGCCUGAUGUUGCUGGUAGAAUCAAGAUUCUUCAGGUGCAUUCUAGAGGAAAGGCCCUUGCGAAGGAUGUGGACUUUGAGAAGAUUGCCAGGAGAACACCGGGUUUCACUGGUGCAGAUUUGCAAAACUUGAUGAAUGAAGCAGCCAUCCUUGCAGCUAGGCGUGAACUAAAGGAAAUAAGUAAAGAUGAGAUAUCCGAUGCUUUGGAGAGGAUCAUUGCUGGCCCAGAGAAGAAAAAUGCUGUUGUCUCAGAGGAGAAGAAGAAGCUGGUAGCUUAUCAUGAGGCCGGCCAUGCCUUGGUUGGUGCACUUAUGCCCGAGUAUGAUCCUGUUGCCAAGAUAUCUAUUAUUCCUCGUGGCCAAGCUGGUGGUCUUACCUUCUUUGCCCCAAGCGAAGAAAGACUUGAGUCGGGCUUGUACAGCAGGAGCUACCUAGAGAAUCAAAUGGCAGUUGCACUUGGUGGAAGGGUUGCUGAGGAGGUUAUUUUUGGACAAGACAAUGUAACAACUGGGGCAUCUAACGAUUUCAUGCAAGUUUCACGAGUGGCAAGGCAGAUGGUUGAGAGAUUAGGGUUCAGCAAAAAGAUUGGACAAGUUGCCAUUGGAGGAGGUGGAGGAAAUCCUUUCCUAGGUCAACAGAUGUCAACCCAGAAAGACUACUCCAUGGCAACAGCCGACGUGGUUGAUGCUGAAGUAAGGGAAUUGGUUGAAAGAGCAUAUGAAAGGGCAACACAGAUUAUCACAACACACAUUGACAUCCUACACAAGCUUGCUCAGCUGUUGAUAGAGAAAGAGACUGUUGAUGGUGAAGAGUUCAUGAGCCUUUUCAUCGAUGGCAAGGCCGAGCUAUACAUUUCAUGAUUUCACCAAUAUAUCCUCAUCAAUCUGUUGUAUUAACAAAAUAUAUACAUACAAUUGUACACAUUGAGAAAUUAUUUUCAUAUCUUGACAAAUUAGAGUGAAAAACUUGACAUGCGCA